ACGGAUGACAUCGACUCCAUCAUAGCUCGAGUUUUUGAUUUCCAAUUUCAGAAGAUGGGCUCGUUCCGAAAGCCUCGGCCACGUUUCAUGAGCUCCCCAGUGCUGAGCGAUUUGCCACGAUUCUUGGCAGCUCGGCAAUCUCUACAGUUCAGAUCAAACUCUGCCUGGAACAGCGUUCAAACAGCAGUGAUCAAUGUCUUCAAAGGGGGAGGCUUGCAAAACAAUGAACUCUACAUCCUCAACGAAAAUGUCAGGCAGUUGUUGAAGAGUGAGCUUGGAUCCUUCAUCACAGACUAUUUUCAGAACCAACUUCUUGCAAAAGGUUUGCUAUACAUAGAAGAAAAAGUUAAGUUUUGUGAAGGAGAAGAUCGUAUCCAUGUAUUAUCUGAAACUUGGGAUCACUUCUUCACAGAAAUUCUUCCUACACUACAGGCUAUAUUUUACCCUGUUCAGGGUCAAGAAUUGACAAUUCGUCAGAUUUCUUUGCUUGGCUUCCGAGACUUGGUCUUAUUAAGAGUAAAGUUGGAUGAGAUUCUUCCUCUGGUCCAAAGUAACCUUCCACCCUCCAUUAUCCAGAUGCUGCUGAUUUUACAGGGAGUCCAUGAACCUACAGGUCCCACUAAGGCAUUUAUACAACUAGAAGAACUUGUAAAACUGGUAGUUUCCCCAUACCUUGGUUUGUGUGAAGAACAUUGCUUCCCUGGCAGUACCUGUGCCCUGGAGAGGCGGUAUUACAGAUCUCGUUACAAACCCAAUGGACUAAGCAUCUCUUCUCACACAGUGGCAACCCGACAAGUCAGUGAGACCGCCUUGACACCCUUGACUGAACAGGAAGGCGAGGCUUACCUUGAGAAGUGUGGGAGCAUCCGCCGGCAUACUGUUGCCAAUGCUCAUUCUGAUAUCCAGCUGUUGGCCAUGGCUUCCAUUAUGCACUCAGGCAUGCUAGCAGAAGAACCAGACAAUGGCGACCAAUGUCUCCUUUUACAACCCAGUUUGAACCACAGACAGUUUUCUAGUGAGCCCAGCAUAGCAGAUGGACCAGAAGAACUGGCCACGCAAGAUAUGGAGGGGACUGCAGAACUGAAUUGCACAUCUGUCUGUUGAAACAGAGGAAAAGAACACUCCUGCACAGCAGAGGAAGCCGAUGUUACUUUUCAUGCUGCUUAGAUCAAGAAUUAGAUCUACAGGGCACAUCCUGGAGCUGAUUGUGUUCUUAGGCUCUAAUAUUAUGAGGGUCCUUUCUGUGGAUUACAAAGGUACAAAGUUGUUUCAGCUGAAACAUUCCAAUGUUGUCCCAGAGCAAUGGUUUCUCAGAGUUUGUUUUUCCAGCUAGGUUUUUGUACCCUCAGCUGCAUUCAGUUUUUGUCUUAUCCGGAGGGUGAACACAGUAAUCCAAGUUUUAUUCUGCCUUGCAGAUUGGGAAGAGGAACUCCACUGUUAGGGACAGGCAGUUAUUCUCAAUUGCGAUGUCUUAUGAAAAAUACAAGGAAGCCAGUUGUAAAAUCUUCAAGGUUGUUGCAGUGGUACAUUCCUUUGUAGGGCAAUGAAUCGUGUUCAUUAUAAUAUGGUAUACACCUAAACUAUAAAAAUAGGGGCAGUAAAACCUCUUCCACUCUCUAUCAUCAGAGCUACUCAGAGCAACAUAUUCUAUUCUGGGUGAAUAAAAUAAAAUGAAAGCAGUAGCCUAAAACAAAAAGGGCAUUGGUCCUUACCUGAGAGCCUCCUUUUGCCUGCCUCCUGGGGAGAGCAUCAGUGAGAGUUGGCUCUGAGCUGGAGGUGUCUGAUCAGAGGGCAGAGUAGAAGAAGAAGCCUUUUUACUGGCUGCCUUCUUAUGAAUUCUCUCUAAGGUUUUGUCCUUCUGUUUCUCAUAUCGUGAACUGGGCUUGGAAGACUUUUUUAAAAAAAAUUUCUCCUUAACUGAGGCUUGUGCUGUCUUUUUGCUAGCCCUGGCUGCUUCCCUGCUAUCAGAAGUAGAAGGCUGGGAGGAGGAAUGAGGCACUGAGACUGCUUCAGGUGUGAUACUUGAGCCUCCCCAGGCAACUCAGGAGCCGGUAUGGAGUUUUAUGCACUAAAUACAGCCUCCAUGUUGCCAACUGACAGCAACUGACAGGCAUUCAAAAUGGCGAUUCGCGCCUUUUUCAACUGUCAUGAAGCCCGCGCUAGACAACAAGGAUAAAUUCGCCCUGUGGCUCAGUCACACUAGCGGCGUUCCAACGCAACUCUUACAAUUUCAGUUUUCCUCAAGAACUCCUUCUGGGUCACUCCGUGGCAGCGUUUUGUAUUUAUAUAAUCACAGCUGCCACGGUUCGCUGCUCAACUGUUUGAGCAGGGAGCCAAAUUGUUUCUUCUCGCUUCCGAAGAUAGGCGUUUAGAGAGGGAAGCUGAAGCUGACAGCCAGCCCGCUGUUUCAAACUGCGGGAAGCCGUUUAUCGCCGUUUUGAGUCGCUCUAGUUGCAGCGACAGUCUAUGCACCCUGACUGGGUUUAGAGGCUCAGACCCCUCCAAAAUCACUGUCCCGUGAGGGGCUUUGAUACUGGGGUCACUUUCUGGCACUCCCUAUCAUUUACUCACAACACCUUAAUUUUCAAUCCACCUUAAUUUUCAAUCCAUAUCCGAUGGUCUUUUAAGACUGGAGAAAGCAAUGACGCAGCCGCCCUCAUCGAGGGACUGAGUUUAAAACUGGGUCUACCUAGCAGGGGCGUGGUUUAUCAACGUUAUCAGACCCAGUCCUCGCGAUGAGUGGAUGAAGGUUAAUCCAGUAUGGAUGCUGCCUCCACCACCAGGCAGAACUACCGUAGCUAGCAUAUUGUUUUGAUGUUUUGAUUGCAAUACAUCUCAGGAAUUACUCAAAUUAUUUUCAGUAAACUACCAAAAGCAUUUUUAGGAAGGUAUAUGACUGUUUGCCAAAAACAUAAUACCAGUGCUGAGUUGGUAAGCUUGCAAUAGUGAUUUUGAGCUACUAGCUCUGUGAUGGCAUGCGUGCCGGAAGAAGCAUGCAGAGCCAUCUCUCUGGGCCCAUGAGCCAUCGCCCACUGCUCUUCCGGGUUCCAGCGUGCUGGCCAGUUGGUCUUCUCACAUGCGGGAGUGCCGGAAGAGCAGCCGCCCGGGGCACAUGCAUGCAUCGGGAAGAUGAUCAUCUGGUUUCUGGCAUGUGCAUGCAUACUGGCCACCUGGUUUUUUUGCACGCAUGCAUGCCGGAAAUUAGAAAACCAAUUGGUCGGUGUGCAUGCAUGCGCAGGAAACCAUAAGAUCAACUUUACCAGGUGGCUGCUCUUUCGGUUUCUAACAUGCACAUGUGCAUGCAUGCCCAUUUUGGCACUCGGUGCUAAAAAGGUUCACCAACGCUGUACUAGCUUCUAUAAAAUAGGGGUUGCUGGGUUUAAGACUGAAUAUUUUGGAAAUAGCUUUUAUUGAUAUCAACAAUGAAAGAAAGGGUGCAUUUACAUUAGUGGGUAAUAGCAGACAACCCCUUUGGCUGGUGGGAAUAGCCUUUAUUGGAAAAAUUCCACGGCUAUUCCCUGGAACAGGGAAUAUCCACAACUUCUGUAAUGACUGACUGCUGCAAAUAUCAGGAUCAAGUGAGAUGAGUUUUUUUGAAACUGGUAUAGUGAUUUCUGGAAAUAUUUCCAUACAUCUUUGGUAGCCAACCCAUUCUUUAACAAACAAAAUAGAAAAAGAAUGUUUUAAGUUUUGUGGCUAAUUGCCUUCCUCCUGCAGGUCUCUUGAUAUUGAUGGGGCAGUGGCCUUUAGUAUCUAGAAUUGAUAGGUUUUUUUGUUUUGUUUUAAAUGCAGUUUCCUAAUAUAACUUUCAUAUGUAUAAUGCUUAUUUGGCAGUGGCUCCCUUUUGAUGGAAGACAUACAUAAUGCAAAGAGAAGGCAAAUUUCUUCAUAUAGCUGCAGAUAAAGAAGUGCCAUUGGGUGUCUUAGCACAAUCCAAUCAUAACUUAUUUAGUUGUUUA